UCUUCUCAAGCGACCAUGGGCACACCUCUCCUGGAUCCGCCGGCUUGCUUCUCCGGCGAGCUCCCUGGCCACUAUAAUCUCUUAUCCAACACGAGCCCCUCCAUUCUCCUCCCCCCUCCCACCUCAUCAGCCCUCUCUUUCUCGCUGAAGGCUGCAAGGGGCGCAUGCGUAGAUGCUGCGCCCAGCCACCAUCCCUGCAAACGUCGAGCUCAGGCGACACUGGUGAUGCAACCAGCUCCGCGGGCUGCUACAACCGGCAUCACGCGGUGCUACAGCCAGCACCACUGGGAGCUGGAACAGGCUGCUCCAGAGCUGCGGCGGCACGCCGCCGUUUGCUGGAAUCAGCACCACGGGAAGCUGCAACCAACUUUGCAGAUAGCUGCAACCAGUAGUCUGCGGUGCUAUGACCAACAGAGGGUGGCGGGGAUAGAGCGCGAAUUGCUGAAACCCACGUUUGACAGAGUUGCAUCCGGUAAGGGUGAUGCUAGAACCACGACGAGAUGAGGAGAGCGUACGGCGACGGCGAAUUCGAGCAGUGGAGAGAGGCGGCGAGCCAGCGGGCAGGUUCUGUCGUUCGUCCAUGGCGCUUGCGCCCCUGUUCAUGCUCGCAUGAUUUGCAAGGGAAAACAAAAAAAGAGAUGGCAUGAUAGGGAUGAAAGAGCCUGAAUCUGAUGGUUAAAAAGUGUUUUAUAAUCUAAUCAUACAAGGUAUUUAUCAACCCAAAUUUGAGCCGGUGCGCCGACGCAUAGCGCUUGCCUGUCA